AUGGACGAAAAAUCCGCCUUACAAUCACUAAAGAAUAGGGAUGACAUUGUUAUGAAGAAAGCAGACAAAGGCUCUACAAUGAGAAUUUACCAUCCUAUCUCAAGGACACCAGACUACAUAAACAAGACGCCCUCUACUGGCCUUCCAGAUCAUACCCUUCUCGUGACUAUUGCUGUCACAUCUUUGUACACCUAUAUUCCGCACGAUGAGGGUAUCGAGGCCUGUAGAGAAGUAUGGGAUAGUAGAUCCAUACAAAUUCCUUCUAUUGAGUCCCUUGCCAAGCUCCUUGAGCACGUUCUCAAGUAUAACAACUUCGUGUUUAAUGGAGGAUAUUACCUGCAGGUUAAUGGCACUGCUAUGUGUCCGAAAAUGGCCCCAUCUAAUGCCAAUAUUUUCAUGGGCAGACUCGAGUACAACUCAUCGGUGAAACAUAUUCCUAGAUACAUCUACCCUGAUUGA